GAGUCCCUAGCUUCCAAGGCCUUGCUGGAACCAAGUCCUUGACAUUGUCACCGAAACUGGUGGUUUCCAGGGCUGUCAACAGCAGACGGAAAGCAACACGGACACUUGUUGUGGCAGAUUCUGAUUACAGGAGAGAGAGCGGUGGUGGGUUCUUUCCUGGCUUCAUUCUAGGUGGUGUUGUAUUCGGCGCCCUCGGCUACCUUUUCGCACCUCAGAUCUCGAAGGCCAUUCUGGGGAUAAACGAGGAGGGUUCCGCGCCGAAACUUCCGAAGUGGAUAAGCGAGAGUGAUAGCCUCGAG